AUGUCUCGGCCAUCUCUCGUCCACCUCCCGCUGGAAAUCCUGCAAAUCGUCCUCUCGGAGCUGCCCAACUGUGACCUCAAGAGCCUCCGCGCAACAUGCAUUCAUCUCGGCCGCGUUGUUCAGCUGCGUUUCAGUCGCGUGUUUCUCUCCGCCAGUCCCCGUGACGUCAAGGUAUUCAGGGCCGUUGCGGACCACGAGCAGUUUAGAAAGAACAUUGUCGAGAUCGUGUACGAUGAUGCACGCUUCGCUCAUGAGUUGCACGGCACAGAUAGAAGCUAUAACAUUUCUAACAGCGCCGCACGUCUUCACUACGAGAGACAAGAGUAUCAAGACUUAGGCGAUCCAUCCUCAUCAGGAAUCCCGGCCUGGUACCGGCGCAUCUAUCGCUACAACUCUUUCACCAUAGACCAUUACGGGCGCGAGGAUGUCAAGCGGCUGCACCACUACGAAGUGAUCAAGCGGUACAAGACCCGGACCAAUGUCAGAGAAUCGUACCGGCUCUAUCAAAUGCUGCUCCGCGAGCAAGACCAGGUCAUUGACACAAACAGCGACGAAGAGGCACUCCAGUACGGCCUCGAGCGCUUCCCAAAUCUCAGAAGAGUCACUAUCACGCCAGCCGUCCACGGUAGUCCUGUGCGGCCUCUGUACGAGACGCCCAUGAUCCGCUCGCUGCCACGUGGCUUCAUCUAUCCGCUGCCUCAAGGCUGGCCCGUCAAUAAAGAUCACGACAACACGGCCGAAGCGAAGCCGUGGGCGGGCAACGGAGAGGUCCAUUGGCGAGGCUUCCAUCUCGUGACACGAGUCGUCGCUCGAUUUGGCCGUGAGCAUCCCGCUGCGCGCCUGUGUGAGUUUGUCGUUGACACCAAUGAACUCUUGACGGGCAUCGACUGUCGUAUCUUUGAAGAGGGCGAUAGCGUCGUGUACAAGGAUCUUGUCGACAUCCUCAGCCGGCCCGGGUUCUCUCGCAUUGACCUCGCCCUUUUCAUCAACGGCCAGGAUGCAACACGUUGGCAGACCUUUCGCAGUGGCCAUCUUCGGAGAGCUCUCCAGGCGGUGCCAGGCCUCAAGAGUGUACGUUUGGCGACGAACCUCGGCAAUGACAAAGACUUUAACCUGUGGGACAUGGGCGACAAUGACGUACACUUUAUCCCGCUGCGCGACAUCUUCCCCAUCGAUACCUGGUCCCAUCUCCGCGACUUUGGUCUCUUUCGCGUCAUCAUAAAGCAAGGAGAUCUGAUUGACCUGCUCCUCGCGCUGUCUCCCACGCUUCAAACGGUGGAGCUGAGCUUCCUGGCCUUUCUUGACCAGGGCAGCCACGAAAGCUUGUUGGAGGACAUGAGGAGCACCUUGGACUGGCGGGAACGAUCGCCUGGGAAGAGGCCCAGGGUCAUCAUUCACGCUCGGGAACAAAACCAACUGCCCAAUAUGCACAACCGCGUCAGUCGUGAGGCUGAAGACUUUCUAUACGGUGAGGGCGAGAACCCUUUUCGUGAUUGCAAUAUCGAGCUGGGCACAGGCACCACGGUAGAUGUAUUUGAUCCCUAUUUUGAACGACCCCAUGUGUCCUACACUCAGCUGACGGUGAUGGGAUACCGGGCAAAGGAUGACUGGUGGAUGAAGCACCACGAGGGCAAGCCAGAAACAUGGUAA